UCGCUAUUCUCAAUAUUGGAGCCCUUAUAUACUCACCGCUCCUGAGGUUGAAGUACUCGGUGUUGAUGUGCAAGGUGAGAAACGAGGCGCGGCCUAGACCAGAUCAGGGAAGGCGCGCACCCCUAGGAAAUCAGGGGAAGUGACCUUCCGCAUCAUUGUCAUCGUGUUCAAUCGAGUUGGGAUAGUGUUCAGAUAAUUCCUGCCUCAUGAGAGAUGAUGUGGAAGCAUCGGUGAUGGAUGGUCAUCGAAGGUGGCACGACUGUGGUUGCGCUAAGGCGAUAUAGCUGGAAUCGACACCUUGCCGUUACGCAGAGUUCAGCUUCCCUAUCAUCAGUGUACACUGGUCCUUGUCAUGGCAUUCGAAUCUCCUUACGAAAAGGCGCUCGCAGCCAUCGACUCCGCGCACGCUCUCGACCCCAACAAAACCACCAUCGCCGGCGCCGAAAUCCCCUACGAACUGCACUACGCGCAAAAAUGCACAUCCUAUCUCGAAAAGCGCUCUCCAGAUGCGCCAGAACACCUCCGCCUUGCAAUCCGCGCGCAACACUUCCGUCGCUGGGAAGUCCCACGCUCAUCCUAUCCCAUGACACGCGUAGGGUACCACAGCUGGCGCACCUUCCUCAAAAAACGUCAAGCCAAGCUCGUUGAAACUAUCUGCAAGGACGCCGGAUACUCUGAGGAGACAACACAAAGAGUGGGUGCGCUGAUAAGAAAGGAAGAUCUGAAAGAGGAUGAAGAGACGCAGGUACUGGAAGAUGUUGCUUGUCUGGUAUUUCUUGAUGAUCAAUUUGAAGCCUUUGAGAAAGAGCAUGACGAGGAGAAGAUUAUCAAGAUUCUGCAGAAGACGUGGGGAAAGAUGACGGAGAAGGGACAUGAGUUGGCGUUGCAGAUUCCUAUGGGCGAGAGGCCGAAGGCGGUCAUUGCUAAGGCUUUAGCUGGGUAGACUGAGGU